AUGAAGAUUCCAGACAAUGUUUUACCGUUACCUGGCACCAUGAAAGUUCACCAGGUGUUCACUGAAGAGAAAGGAGUUUUCAAAUAUAGAGACUUGAGCUGUUUCUGCAGGCGCGGCUUUUGUUCUUGCAUGGAUCUCAAAGAAUACCGUCCACUAAAACCCGUGGAUGAAAAAUCAAGCUCUGAUGAAUGUGAACCAGAUUUUAUGAAAGAAAUAGGCAACUUAGUCCAUCAAAAGAAACCCAUUCUAUAA